GUUCGAUUUCCACUCAAGAGGAAGAACUUUGAAAUGUGUCACGUUCAGGAAGCGAACCACUGUUUAAAAGAAGUUUCUGAAACUCUCUAACCGUCACAGAGUCGUUCAGCUGACGACGUUUUGAACUGGUUCUUCUAGUACACCGAGUUUUUAUGCCGCAUGUUCAACGGAGACGUCAGAGACGUUUUUAGAUGGCUGUAGCACAGCACGGUUAGCUAGCUGUAGCUAGCUGCAGCUAGCUGUCAGUAGCUAACCGCCAGUCGCUAACCGCGAUGUCGUCGCAGCGGACCGAGCAGCAGGGGCAGGUGGGAGACCUGGGACACCGGAGCAGAGAGGAGCUCCGAGAGCUGCUGCUGCGACAGGAAAAGAUCCUCUCCAACCGGACGUUAUUGCAGUCUCUUCCGGACAAAGGUAAAAAGAUAUCGGAGUUUGCGGAGAAAGUGCGUCUUGCCAUUGAACACCGCGAUGAAGAGGACAGGAGACAGAGCUUGGUGUCUGCUGCCAAGAAUGAGUUACAAUCCAAGUACCAGCAGGCUUUCUCUAUGCAAACACAUGCUGUCCCCGAUACAACAGCAGUCUCACAGCAGAGCAGAGGAAGUGAAGCUGCUGCAGGCAGUGUGCUACAUGAGAUGGAGACCUCACCUGCCUCAUCUCGUGUGCAGGAAAAGGACGCGUUGGACGAGCAACAACACCAGUUUGUCUCCAGGGCAGCUGCUGGUGAAACCAUGGAGACGGCUGCUGCUGCUGGGGCCUCUCUGAACUCUGAAGAGACAAAAGAGGGUGACCUUGUGGAGGCCUUGGAAAGGGUCAGACUGUCUGAAACUGGUUUUGGUUUCAGCAGCAAGUCCAAAGACCCAUUAACCAGCACAACAAGAGACAAUUACUUUCUCAGAAUGCAGACACCGAACAAGCCUCACUAUGUAACUGUCCUGGAAAAAACAGAGAAGACUUCAUCUCCUAGGAGGCAGAUAUUCAAACCAAAUCAGCUGCUCCACAGAAGUGACAUUUCUUCAUCAGGGUCCUCGUCACCCAGCCAGUCGUCUGAAGGCUCAUCGCCGCUCUCCAUCCAGGCCAGGAAGGAGAGGGACAGAAAACACCUGGACGACAUCACUGCAGUCAAACUACCUCCACUCCACCAUGACCCAGUCCGGCUUCUGUCUCUGGAAGAAUCGACCAUCCUCCUGAUCGCACAAAGCAAGAAGCAACAGGAGUUGCAGGCCAAGCUGGCCGCCCAGAAACUGUCUGAGGGAUUGAAGAUCUCUAUGGGGAGCUACACUCCUGACAGUGGCCCCAUGGCUGCCUACAGAGAGGUUCACGAUGAAGGAGCCCAGCUCUCCUCAGAGGAAGACUGAUCCUGGAAGGCCGGAGCUAGGGAAAGCAGUGUGACCUUGGCCCUGAGGGAAACAGGCUUUGGACCUCGCAAUCAGGACCCAUCAAAGAGGAUUUUCACUCCCAAGGACAGGAAUUCUUAACAGAGGAAAAAAGGGUCUUUGCAUGUUGUGAAGGCAUAGUUAGUGUCCCAUACUCAAGACGUUGAGUGGCGGGUUGAGAAACUAGCUCACUUAAUUGUCAUUCAGGUCGUAUUGGGAUCAGUUGUCUCAGUGUCCUGCAGGAAUAAUAAUACCUGUUGUGGACCAGGAGUCUUAUAUGAGGAAUUUGAGGCAUCUACAUUAUUACAAGGGAAAUGAUUGAUGUCGCUGUGACUUUCUCAACCUCAGAGUAUUGUACAUUGAAAUGUCUAUGUUUUGUCAACAGGUGGAGCAGACUGUUUUGGCACCGUAGUGACCGUUUACAGCUCUUUAGAAAAUAAACAUGAGGCUGCAGUAAGGCGCUCUGCCAUUCUUCACUAUCUCAGAGUGUAACAGAAUCGAAUAAAUACAUCUGAUUCCCCAAAUGACUGUGUUUGUCUAAAGUCAGCUGACAAUCCAGUGUUUCCCAGAAAAAGUACCUCAGCCUUUUAAAUUGGAUAAAAAAGAUCUUCCAAAAAUCUUCUCUAAUAAACCUUCACUGAGAGCAUCUGGAACCUGAUAAUUUGGUCUUUACAUGAAUUCAUUAGUUUCUUAUAAUGAGAAGAGAAACCAUGUUAUCAUUUAAUAAUGUGUAUAAUUGUGUCUGUGCAUAAUUACUGUUGUCUUUUACGGACUCUGCAAUCCUUAAAUACAAAUUUAUGAUAAGGAGCAAAACUGACAUUCCCAGCUGAAACAUAGUUGGUGUCAAGUCAAAUAAAUAAUUAAUUAAGCUUGAAGCACAAAAAAGUUGUGCUGAAUGUUCAGCACUUAUGAGCUCUAUUACUUUCCACAUGUGGAGGAGGAAAGAUAAUGUAGUUUCCCAGGAGAAAUGCCCCUCACAUAUGAUGUUUUCUAUAAACUGAACAUUUGUAAGGUAAACAGUGCUGUGUGUAAAUAUUUUAGUUUCACUAUUUUCUGCGUAUUCAAUAGAUGCUACUUAUUUCAUUGUCAGACUUCCUGCUUAUUUUGGUCUUUAUGCACAAAAUAAAAUCCACACGGUGAUAUCA